AUGUACAUGAACAAACAGUUGUUUGAACUCAUUGGGAACAUACGUGAGCACAGCAAAGCGGACAAAGCAGGUUUAGUGGAAGGAGAUGUGAUCCUGUGCGUGAACAACAUCUGCUGCGAAGGACUCACUCACUUCAUGGUCACCGCACUCACAGACCUCAGCGACAUGCUCUGUCUGCUCGUACUCAGAAAUAUGCAAAGUGUAUCGGAGGUCAAAGCAUUGUUUGAUAACAUGGGACAGUCAGUUAGAAGAUUGAAUGCAAAAGAAAUUUCAGAACUUUCUGGAAAUCCAAAUUUAGUGGUAACUCGCAGGCAGUCUACUGGAUCGAUUCAGCACCUUCCAAAAAACCAGCCUGUGAAACCACACCAAGUUAAACUGUUUGGUUCCCAUAAAUUUAUUCAGACAAAUCUAAAUUCCCCAACCAAGACUGUCAGCUCUUUCUACGAUAGAUCACUUUCUUCAGACUGCGAUGAAAAUAAAAUAAAAGAAAUUACCGCUAAUUCGCCAGUGUCAUCCACGCCAUGUAGAAAAAGUAAAAGAAAUCCCAAAACAGAAAGCAGCACUGAAAGAAGACACAUUAUACCUACAAGGCUGAAAAAUUUAUCGAUUUCAAAUGAAAUUGAGGACAAAGAGUUUGAAGAAGAACUUAGACGUGAAAAUAAUUUGAAGAAAUUUGAAGAAACUCAAAAAUCAUUUUUGAAAGAAAUUGGUAAUAAAAGACAACAAUUUAAAAAUAAUCCAUUUAUAACAGAAGCGCCACUUAAUGAAACAAAUUUAGAAGAAAAUCGCACAACAGAUGUCGAUUCUAUAUUCCGAGGUUUUGUUCCACCUGUUUUUAGAAAAAGAUGCAUGUCUGAGCAACCUCGGUAUAAAUCAAACUUGCUAUUUAAUUUAACGACGGACGAUUUUAAACAGAAACAAAUUGUUGUUCCAAAAGUAGCAGCCAAAGUUAGCGUAAGGAGAUUUUCAUUAACUGUUCCAGGCCAGCAAAUAAUUAACCCGAGAUCAAAUACCGUACAAUUGAAAUCAAGCGGUUUUCAAUUACAAUCUCCCCUAAAAACUGCUCAAUCACAAAUUUCUCGGUCAUCUCUCAAGACAAAUAGUCAAAGUACACCAGUACACACAAAUCACCAGCAAUCGAUUAAUGAACCCUCAAAUCAAAAUACUGGUAGCAAAUCAAGCGAGCAGGUGGGCUUAAGGCAGCAGAUACAAAUAAAACCUUCAAUCCAAGCAUUCAACAAAAAUGUCAAUGAUAUUAAAAAUUUUCAAAAAAGUUCAAAGUUAUUCAUUAGAUCAAAUUCUAUUUGUGGUAGUUUGACGAAUAGCGCCAAUAUAACAAGGACCGCCAAUAUCAAUGACAAUCGUUGUUCAUACGGCAAACAAGCCAGCCAAAAAAUAUCAAUCCAAACUAAAUCUAAAAAUGAAAAUAUUUCUAUAUCCUCUUCCGACAUAAGACCACAAUCGACUUCUGCUUCCAUUCAUUCAACAAUUUCUACAUCAAAAACGCAGUUGACUGAAGAAGGACAAAUGCCAACAUCUGACUCAAACUCAAAAGCCCUACCUCAGAUCAAUAAUUUAACGUCCACUGCCGGAAUUUCUUCAACAAAUUUAGCUCAUUCAGUGUCGGAAAUUUUAAUUACUAAACCAGCAAUUAAAAUUUCGUCAACGAGCGCCGAUGCAUUUGUUUCCAUAGUCCCGACAUUAUUGUCAUCAACGUUGCCAGCGACAUCAACAAAAAUGACAAACAAUAAAGUUUCGGCCAACUCGUUUGGAAGGGCGUUGACUUCUAAAACACCACAUAUUUCUUCGUCAUCCAUACAACAAAAAAUUAAUCCCAAUCAGAGGACUAGAUCGAACAGUUUGAGUGUUGUUGCUUCAGCCCGGUCAAAAUUCGAUAGCAACAUCGAUAACUAUAAAAAAUCUGAUAAAAUUAUUUCUAAAUUUGCAGCAAACUUUGCAAAUCAAGUCGACACGUGGCAAAACGCUCCAAAACAAUCUGAAAAAUUACAAGCAUUAAAUGUGUCCGUUGUAACCUCAUCAUCGUCUAUAAACACAACAUCUUUAGUUUCUUCAUCUUCAUUCAUUUCCUCCUCUUCUUCCUCCUCUUCAUCAUUGUCAUCAUCUAAUAACAUACAAUCAUCAUUAUCACCAUCAUCUCAUUAUACAUCAUUAACAGCAUCUUCUUCAUUUUCAGCAUCGAUAGUGCCCAUAUCAAGUUAUAACAUAAGAUCAGGAGGCACCAUCGUUAAUAAUAAAAAAAAAUAUAAUAACACUGAUGAUGUUGAUAACUUUAAUAACAGCAUCAAUGACAAGUUGAUGAGCAACACAACUUCAAAAAUCAAAAUACUUACAGCUGGAAGAAAACUCUCGGUGCCUGAUUUGAGGACAGUGGAAAAUAUGAAACAAAAAGUUACUAUCAAUAGUAAAUCAUUUUCAAAAAAUAUUCCAAAUGUUAACAUUGAACCAAAAGCUACAAACAGCAACCAUAAUUACAAAUGCAGCGAUACAUUGUCUUUAAGAUCAAAUCAAAAUGAAGACUUUCGACAACAAAAUCUCUUUCGUUCAUCUAGUGGAAAUGAAAAAGCUGAUGAUAAGUUAAAUUCAUGUGAAUCACUAGAAGGUUUGAAAGGCUUAGCUUUUACAAAUUCAAAUUCUGCUAUAUCAGCAACAUCUCAAGCCAACCAUCAAAAUGACAGCACUGAUCAGCAUAGAUCUUUAAGUGAUAGGCAACCACAGAACAAUAUCAACCACAACAACAAAUUCAACAACAACAACAACAACCUCAUCAACAGCAAUGUCUACAACAACCAAUUCAACAGCAAAAUUUUUACCACCAACAACAACAAUUUCAGCAACAAUCAAAACUUCAACAACAAUUAUUUCUGCAGAAAUCACAACAAUUUCAACAGCAACCUCAACUGCAGCAACAGAAAUUAUUUCAAAAUUUUCAGCCACAAAUUCAACCAAACCUUCAAGAAAAUUCACAUUACCAACAACCACUUCAACAAAAAUCAACAAUUCAACAACAUCGAUUCCAACCAGAACAACAAUUUCAACAACAAUCACAAUUUUUCCAACAACCACAGUUUCAACAACAACCACAACAAUAUCAAUUGCCUCACCUUCAACAACAUUCACAAUUUCAACAACCAGACCUACAGCAACAUCAAUUUCAGCAUCAACUUCAACAAUGGCAACAUCAACAGCAGCAUCAACUUCAACAACAACCACCAUCCCAAGAACAACAACAACAGCAACUUUAUCAGCAACAACAGAAACAGUAUCAAUUUCAUCAACAACAGCAACAACUAUUUCAACAACAACAUCAACCGGCUCAAAUUUGAGUUCAUCGACAUUUUCUUCAUCACGCAUCGCAUAUUUUCAGGAACCAGUGUAUCGUCUCGAAUUCAACAAUUUCGUCCAAAUUCGGCUGCAGAAGGGCCAGUGAACGUUUCGUCGAGACAGAGGCCACCCCAACUUGCCUGUAGAAACCUCGGUUUCCCAAUAAGUAAAAUGAGUAAAACAACACCAACGCCACCAUCAUCUUUUUCUCAGUCAACUUUUCCAACAUCUCCAGGACACGUUGAUAAUGAAGUUUUUUCGCCAACGCAGCAAAAAAUAUUUAGAGAAGAAUCAUGUCUUGGUGGAAGCGCAACAGAGAAUCUUAAUUCAGUCGUUUUGUCACAGAACAGUUUAAAUAAAUUGCCCCACAGUGAUUAUAUGAUGUCGCAUUCUUCACUCGAUAUGUCAAAUUCAAUUCAAGAUGAACCUUAUUCCAACAACUCAAACAGAAGUACGUACAACAACACAUUCAACUACCAGCGAUCAGUGGACGGUACAAUCAACAACACAACCGCCGCUUCAUAUGUUCCAUCAAGAUCUCAACAACGUUACAAGCGGCAGCAAGAUCCAGCAACAUCAACAAGUUGCUCUCAACAGUCAUUACCAUCUCAACCAAAACAGUACCUCCUUUGACAACAUUAACAACACCUUCAUUUAUAACAUCAACAGCUUUUCCAUUGGCAACAUCAGCAACAACAACGCCUGUAUCUAACUCACAAAUAUCUCCUUAUUUAAAUUUACAACAAAGGACAUAACUUGAAAAUAUUUACUUUGUUUAUUCAAGCGUUAUAAGAAUAGUGCCUGAACAAUAUUGAUUAUAACAAUAUUCACAAUUUGCAAGAUUUCGUUUUAAAAUUAAUUAUUUAAUUAUUAUUUAAUUAUUUAAUCUAACUUAUAAUUUAAAGUUUAGCAUUGUGUGCAAAUAUGAUAAUAAAUUUAGUUAUAUAGAUGGAUGGAUUUGUGAAACAUUUUUAAGAGUCCAACAUGUAACACUUUUGGCUUUGUUGAUUAAAAAUUAUUUUUUGUUUAAGUUUUUAUAAAAGUAAUUUAUUUAAAUAAUUAAUUUGGAAAAACUUGAAAACGGCUUA